AUGGCUCAACGUGUUACUUUCAGAAGAAGAAAUCCAUACAACACUCGUUCCAACAAGAUCAAGGUCGUGAAGACUCCAGGUGGUGUCUUGCGUGCUCAACACGUCAAGAAGUUGGCUACCAGACCAAAGUGUGGUGACACCGGUGUGCCAUUGCAAGGUGUUUCCGCUCUAAGACCAAGAGAAUACGCUUCUGUCUCCAAGACCAAGAAGACUGUCUCCAGAGCUUACGGUGGUGUCCUUUGUGCUAACGCUGUCAAGGAGAGAAUCGUCAGAGCUUUCUUGAUCGAAGAACAAAAGAUUGUCAAGAAGGUCGUCAAGGAACAAACUGAGGCUGCCAAGAAGGCUGAAGCUAAGAGCUCCAAGAAGUCCAAGAAGAACUAA